AUGGUUACUGAACUUUCACAAGAGCGACUCACAUAUCUUUUCAUAGAAGGAUUAAAAGAAUCAGUUCAAAGUACGGUGAGUGCUUUUGAACCCCCCACCUUAAGUGAAGCAAUUUCUAAAGAAAAGAAGUUUGAUCAUACACCACCCAAAGAUCAUUUCAAAAAAUUCCCAUCAAAGGAAGAUAAACGAAAAAGGGAGCCAACUAAAGAGAAUCCAUGUUUUCAUUGCAAGGAACCAUGGGAGAAAGGACAUUUAUGCAAAGGAGUAGAAGCACAAAGACAACGGGGUGAACUAAGACGACGGAACCUAUGUUUCCAAUGCAAGGAGCCUUGGGACCGCCAUCACACAUGCAAGAGGGGAAGCCACAUACAUAAUGUAGAGGGGACAACAAAUAUAGACGAGGGACCCCAAAAGAAAGCAAAAAUAGAUGAAGAAGUACACAGGUCUCUUGCCACAAUUUCCCAAGUCAAUGAAAACCGACCCUUUAGGCUCAAGGGCACCCUUAAAGGACAGAGGGUAAUUGCCUUGGUGGACAGCGGAGCUUCUCAUGACUUUAUUAGUAAAAAUCUGGUUACAAAAAGAAAACUUAAAACUAAGGACUUUAAUGGAUUCAAGGUGGCCUUUGCAAAUGGGAACAUUGACCCAUGCACCAAGAUUGUACCACAGCUAGAAAUCACAAUUGGAGAGCAUACUAUCCAGAGAGACUUCUACGUGGUAAACUUACAAUAUGAUGUAAUUUUUGGAAUGCCAUGGAUACACUCAUUAGGGCGUUUUACUAUGGACCAUCCAAACCCAGAAAUCUAUUUCAAACAUGCUGGGCAAGAAGUAACAUUAAAGGGAUUACCCAAUGGAUCACCAAAGGUAGUCUCUUGUAGCAGGAUGGAGAGAAUAUUCAGGCAUUAUCAAGCUGAAUGGGUGGCGCAAUGUAUGAUUUUGGAUAAAUCUUCAGGCCAAGGUCAAGCCGUUCAUGUAGAUAUCCAGCCCAUCUUGGAAAGUCACAAAAGAGUUUUUGAAGAUAUUCCCCCGGGGCUUCCUCCUAAAAGAGGAUUCGAGCAUACUAUAGAGUUGGAAACAAGUGCCAGGCUAGUAAUUACCACACCCUAUAGACAUCCACGAAAGUUUAAAGAAGAAAUUGAGAAGACUAUCAAGGAACUAUUAGAAAUGGGUCACAUUCAACCCAGCACUAGCCCCUUUGCAUCUUCAGUAGUGUUGGUAAAAAAGAAGGACAGAACAUUUAGAAUGUGCAUAGAUUACAGAGCUCUUAAUAAAAAGACCAUAAAAAAUCAAUAUCCCAUACCCAGGAUUGACGAAUUGAUUGAUGAACUACAUGGAGCCCAAUACUUUUCAAAAAUUGAUCUACGUUCGGGAUAUCAUCAAAUCCGGAUGAGAGCAGAAGAUGUACAUAAAACAGCUUUUAGAUGUCAUUACGGAACAGAUCUGACACCAAGCACCAGUUACCACCCCCAAAUAGAUGGUCAGACAGAAACUAUAAACAAAUGGAUUGAAGGCUACCUCCGAAAUUAUGUCACAGCCACCUCAUUUGGGACCUUAAUUACUACGGGUAGUAACGUGCCUAAAGCUAAAGACAUUAUACAAUACAAUAUGGAUUUAAUGAAAACACUAAAAGACAAUCUUCACCAUGCACAGAACCAACAGAAAAUAUACGCUGACCGAAAACGAACAGAGAGGACAUUCGAAGUCGGAGAUUUUGUUUUCUUGAGGCUUCAACCUUACAAACAGGCAUCAAUCAAGAAGAGUGGAGCUGAGAAAUUGAAACCUAGAUUCUAUGGACCAUACAAGGUCCUAAGAAGAAUAGGGGAAGUAGCCUAUGAGAUCGAGUUACAAAAAAAUAGUAAAAUUCACAAUGUUUUUCAUGUAUCCCGACUUAAGAAAGUCCUGGGGCAGCAGGUCAACCCAUGCAUCGAAUUGCCACCACUAGACGAUGAAGGGAAACUCAUGUUGGAACCAGAAGUUAUUUUGGAUAAGCGUGAAAGAAGUCUGAGGAAUAGAACUAUUCUUGAGUAUUUGGUCAAAUGGAAAAAUCUGCCAGAAGAAGAUGCCACAUGGGUAGGAGAAGAAAUCUUUUCAUGGCCAAAAGUUGCUUGA